UCUUGUUGGUGCGCUUCGUAACCAUGGGAACCGCGAUUGUGUUAAAUCGAUAACUCGAUAAUGGAGCAGAAUGUCGUUUGUGGGAGAAGUAUCAGAAGAUUCAUUUUACGACAAUCUGACGCUUGGGCUUGUUCGUUUGCUAGACAGCACACCAGGGGUGCAGGAAACUGAACUGGAGAAAAGGCUGCCGUGUGAAAGGAUGCUACUAACAGCAUGGGAACAACGUCACUGCUGCGCUCUACCGGAAGACAUGCGCCAGUUUUACAUGUCAACUGACGGCUUCAAACUUACCUGGAAUUAUGAAUACGCAGGCGAAAUGUUGUCCAUAGGCAACAUGAAGAUCAACUCAAUUUCUGAGUUGCGUCGCCUGGCUGGAAUAAAGACUCAAGGGGAUUCUGAUUACCCCAAUCUGCUGGACGUAGAAAUAUGUAGCCGGCAAGAUGAUUGCAAUCCAGCCAGACGAAGGCCUAAUUUCGGGGUGAAAUGCAAGAUUUUUGAACUGGACUCCUGCCAGGGAAUUGGAAAGGUGUGUCUUGUGUAUCUGGAUAGAAGCGACUGUGAAUCCGACCUAAAGAGAGAGGACCCCAAAAUCUGGCUUCUGGACAGAAGUUUCGAAUGGCAUUUCCUGGCUGAGGGCUUCACCCAGUACUUCCGCAUGAUGCUGAUCCACCAAGGACUCCCUCAGUGGCAGUUCAAAUUCACACCCAUGGGACUUACACCAUGGGCUGAGCAAAUGUUUGUGCUUAUUGCGCCUCACCUGCUUCAGAGCAACCACGUGACACAAAGCGUGGAAUGGAGCGACAUGCCGUACAACCACCUCGACCCCGCCAUCUUUAAAACAAGAGGCAAGAGCUCCAAAAAGAAACCAGAUACUGCAAAGAACAGAUCAACUUGAGCAUACAAAAUGUAAUUGUGUUAAACCUCAAUAGACAAAUGCUUAGAAUACGCUAAAGAAUAGGAAUUAAAAUAAUUAUGAAGAAAUUUCAUGUGGUGAAUGAUCUGUUUGGUUUUCUGCUUAUUAAGACAUGUAAUUAG